UAAUUAGCAUCUCUUGAUCACACCUGGCAGGCCUACAGACUAUUGCUGCUGCUCCCAAACAUGAAAAUAGACAUCUAUACUUACUUUUUUCUGUGGUAAAUCGCCAAACCGGUGAAAUGGAAUCAUUAUCAAAACUGGAUAAACCGUUUCCUACGCCUCCACCUUACUUCAUUCCAGAUGAAAAUCGUGCAGAGCAAGAUGUGAGGAUCUACCAUAUUCACUCACCGUUCAGCCCUCCACCGCCACCACCUCCUGUUUUCUGUUCAGUCUCUCCUUCAGCUGCCAGCUCUGACAAAGCCCAGUCGCCUCUACCAGUGUCCUCUGUCUCUCUGUCGCCUCCCAGGCCCCGGUUUGUCAGCUAUGAGAUGGAGCUAUGUCACUCUCCAGGUCUGACAACAUGUCCUACCUGUCAGACUCAGGUCACCACUCAGGUCACCUACUGCGUGGGGACACAUGCAUGGCUCAUCUGUCUGCUCUUUGUGCUGUGUGGGUUGGUGCUUGGCUGUUGCCUGAUCCCAUUUUUUGUAAGAUAUUUCAAGGAUGCCUAUCACACUUGCCCUCGCUGUCGACAGGUCUUACACAUACACAGGAAGACUUGCUGCUGAUGAGCUCUCUCGCUCUCUUGCUCUCUCUCUCUCUCUCUCUCUCUCUCUCUCUCUCACUCACACACACACACACACACACACACACACACACACACGGAGGCUGAACCACCCACAGAUUCAUCUCAUGUUCUCUUCUACUGAGCAUAAUUUUGACCUGCCUCCUAUAAGAAAAUAUACACGCUAAAUAGCUGUCUCCAAUUCAGCCAGCAUAUAUCACUCUUGAAAUGCAUUAGGAGAUACUCGUAUCAUUCUCAGUUAGAAUUUUUUAAAAAAUAAGAGCUACAUUUUAACCAUGUUUUGUAAAAACCCAGCAGUAUUAAAUAAAAGUUUUCUGUAAUA